AUGGGACUCAUUGGGAUGACCGGGGGGGGGAAUCUCUUCGGUGUCCAGCAGCUCACUUGCAAUAUCCUCUUCCUCCUCAAUGUCUUCCCCUUCAUUGUCAUCUCCCUCGGGCCUCUCAUACUCCGGGUCGACGACUUCGUCGUUCUCGAAUUCCGAGUCAAACUGGUCACUAUCGAGCUCACUCAACUUCCCGUCACUCGACACAUCGGCGAAAUGCUCGGUGUCGACCUCGGCGGGUACGCGUCUCUGGGUGUAAAGGGACUCACAUCCCUCUUCCGCCUCUCGUCUUCCAGGCCUUGA